CAACACUUUCUCUCCCCAAUUCUAGCUUCUUAAGCUUUUGACAAACACUAAGGGAUCAAUCCUAGCUGUUAAAAGGAGCAUGAUGAAGUUGAAGUCUAAGAAGUUUUGCAGAGGCAGCUUUAAGUUUGGGAAUGGAGGUGGAAACAAUGGUAAUGUAAAAAGUGAUGAAAAGGGUGUUAGGAAUUGUAAUAAUAUAAGUGAAAUCAAAUGGGAACGUAGGCCUGGUGGGAUGCUUGUUCAAAAGAGAGAAACUGGUUCAAGUGUUGGAGAAGGGAUGAUCAUUGUUAGAGUCUCAACUGUUUCUCAAUGCCAUGAUAUCUCCAUUGGAGCAACUUCCACUUUUGGAGAAUUGAAGAUGAUAUUGUCACUGGUAACAAGUUUGGAGCCAAAAGAGCAAAGACUAUUAUUCAAAGGGAAAGAAAGAGAAGAUGAUGAAUAUCUACACAUGGUUGGUGUUAAAGACAAAGACAAAGUGCUACUAUUACAAGACCCAGCCAUUAAAGAAAUGAAGAAGCUUCAUAGAUUGGCUUCAACAACCCAACAUAUUCCCACUACUUAUCACACCAUAAGUGUAUGACAGUCCAUUUGAUAUUAUAAACCAACAUUGUUGUUAAUUGUAUUUCACUAAUUAACCACCAAAACACAAAGUGUCAAAAAUAUGGUGAAGUGUUCUUAUAUAUAUAUAUAUAUAUAUAUAUGUAUUUCACUUUGAUAUAUAGGUUAGGGACUUUGGUUGUAUCCAAACUAUAUAGUUUAAUUUCAAAGCUGAUGCAUGUCCACCUCAUUUUCUAUAGUUUAAUAUGUUUAUUAAAUUUGUACCAGGUUGAUGUACAAAGCUGUUUAUUAUUGCUUAAAUAGAAAUGUAUGGUGGAUGGAAAAUUUGUAAUAAUUAAGGGAGGAAAUGAAAAGCUGUUGAGUAUUUA